GAAGGAAGGAAGGAAGGAAGGAAGGAAGGAGAAAAAGGAGAAGGAGGAGGAGUAAAAGCUGGGAAGGAUGCUGCGCUGGCGGCUACGGAGGAGGAGGAAGAGGCAAUGGUGACGACUACGGACCUUUUCUUUCUCUGAUGCCCCCUCCCCAUAAAGACCAGCUUCACCCCCCUCUCUAAAAAGGAGAGAGAUGUAGUUCUUCCCUCCAUAAGGGUUCCCCCCCCCCUUACUUUUUCCCUUCUGAUAUGGUCCAAGGAAAGACAGCAAGGACUGCCCAUCUCCCUAAUUUAUUUUUUCAAGGAGGAAGGUGGGCAGAAUUAGGAGAUAUAUAUACAGCAGUAUAUAGCAAAGCUUAAGGGUUUUGGAACCAAGUGAGGAGGGGGCCGGAGGACUUGCCCACCUGUCAAUCAAGGCCAAGCGGUGCCCCCCUCCCCUUCCAAAAGGGGCACCAUGUUUGUGUCUGUCUGGUACGCCAAGAAGAUGGGACGACGCUUCAUCAGCAAUGUCCGGAAGGCAAAGAAGCAACGCCAUCUGCUCACGGCAAACUCCCCACCGGUCAUUGUCAACACAGAUACCUUAGAAGCGCCGGCGUAUGUAAAUGGGACGGAAGGCGAGAUGGAAUACGAGGAGAUAACGCUGGAACGGGGCAACUCCGGCUUGGGGUUCAGCAUCGCCGGCGGCACGGACAACCCGCACGUCGGGGAUGAUCCCAGCAUCUUCAUUACCAAAAUCAUCCCCGGAGGAGCAGCAGCACAAGACGGACGCCUCAGGGUGAACGACAGCAUCCUCUUUGUCAACGACGUCGAUGUGCGGGAGGUGACGCACAGCACGGCGGUGGAGGCCUUGAAGGAGGCCGGCUCCAUCGUCCGCCUCUACGUCAUGCGCCGGAAACCCUUGGCGGAGAAGGUCAUGGAGAUCAAGCUGAUCAAAGGCCCCAAAGGCCUGGGCUUCAGCAUCGCGGGCGGUGUGGGCAACCAGCACAUACCUGGCGACAACAGCAUCUACGUCACCAAAAUCAUUGAAGGCGGUGCUGCCCACAAAGAUGGACGCCUGCAGAUUGGGGAUAAGAUUUUGGCGGUGAACAACGUAAGCCUCGAAGACGUGAUGCACGAAGACGCCGUGGCCGCCCUGAAGAACACGUAUGACGUCGUCUACCUGAAAGUGGCCAAGCCCACCAACGUUUACCUGAACGACUCAUACGCCCCGCCUGACAUCACUUCCUCCUAUUCCCAACACCUGGAUAACGAAAUCGGGCACCAGAGCUACCUGGGCACGGAGUACCCACAAGCCAUGACCCCCACCUCGCCCCGGAGGUACUCCCCCAUCCCCAAGGAGCUGAUGGGCGAGGAGGACAUUCCCAGGGAACCUCGCCGAAUCGUCAUCCACCGCGGCUCAACGGGGCUGGGCUUCAACAUUGUGGGGGGCGAAGACGGCGAGGGGAUUUUCAUCUCCUUCAUUCUGGCCGGGGGUCCGGCUGACCUCAGCGGAGAGCUAAGGAAAGGGGACCAGAUCCUCUCGGUCAAUGGUGUGGAUCUCAGGAAUGCGACGCACGAACAGGCGGCCAUUGCGCUGAAAAACGCUGGGCAGACGGUCACGAUCAUCGCUCAGUACAAGCCGGACGAAUACAGCCGCUUCGAGGCCAAGAUCCAUGACCUUCGGGAGCAGCUGAUGAACAGCAGUUUGGGCUCAGGGACAGCUUCGCUGCGGAGCAACCCCAAGCGGGGGUUUUAUAUACGGGCGCUCUUUGACUACGACAAGACAAAAGAUUGUGGCUUCCUGAGUCAAGCGCUGAGCUUCCAUUUUGGUGAUGUCCUCCAUGUCAUUGAUGCUUCCGACGAAGAAUGGUGGCAGGCGCGGCGCGUCCAUCCGGAUGGCGACAGCGACGAGAUUGGGUUCAUCCCAAGCAAGAGACGGGUCGAGAGACGGGAAUGGACGCGGCUAAAAGCAAAAGAUCGGGUGCCAGGAUCAGGUUCUCAAGGUCGGGAAGAUGCCGUCUUAAGCUACGAAACUGUUGUACAAAUGGAAGUGCACUACGCCCGGCCCAUCAUUAUUUUGGGGCCCACCAAGGAUCGAGUCAAUGACGACCUCCUAUCCGAGUUUCCCGACAAAUUUGGCUCCUGUGUCCCACAUACCACGCGACCGAAACGGGAAUAUGAAGUCGAUGGUCGGGACUACCAUUUUGUGGCCUCGCGGGAGAAGAUGGAGAAGGAUAUCCAAGGCCACAAGUUCAUUGAGGCCGGGCAGUACAACAGCCACCUGUAUGGGACGAGCGUCCAGUCGGUGCGCGAAGUGGCCGAACAGGGCAAGCACUGCAUUUUGGACGUCUCAGCCAACGCUGUGCGGAGACUGCAGGCGGCUCAGCUCCACCCAAUCGCCGUUUUCAUCCGGCCGCGCUCCCUCGAGAAUGUCCUAGAAAUUAACAAGCGGAUAACAGAGGAGCAGGCACGGAAAGCCUUCGACAGAGCUACGAAACUUGAGCAGGAGUUUACAGAGUACUUUUCGGCCAUCGUAGAAGGAGAAAGCUUCGAAGAGAUCUACCACAAGAUCAAGCGGAUCAUCGAAGAGCUCUCCGGCCCCUACAUCUGGAUCCCCGCUCGUGAGAGACUUUAGGAGCUAUGACGAACUGCUUUCUUUCUUUCUUUUUUCGUUCUUUUUUCCGGGAAGAAGGGAUCGUGAAAAACCAACCACCGACUCUCUCUUUCUCUCUCUGCGACGGAGGCCUCUCCAGCAAAGGAGGCGGCCCUCUCCGCCUCUUGCCACUGAACUUAGCUCUUUUGGUUCAUAUUUGGGGGGAUCGGGUUGGGGAAUGUCUCGGGAUGGGCUUCUUUCAUCCCUUCCUUUAUUCUUUAAUAUUCUCAUAUAUAUAUAUUUUCCAGUCCUUUUCUUUUCUUUCGUGUGAUCUGGCCACCCACCCCACCCCCCUUCAACCUUAAUCCUGGUUCGAAAUGCUCCCUUUAUUAUUAUUAUUAUUUCUUAAAAUAUCCACAGCAACGGGGGUGCUUUUUUUCUCUUCCCCUCCUAUCCCCAACAGCGCUAGCGCAUGCAUGCUGUCUUUUUGGUGGCAUUUUGGGAGGAAAAAAAUAACAUUUUGGGAGGGUCCCCUCCUUUUUUAUAUAAUUUUUUGAAGUGUUCAGGUCAUUGGAGGAAGGCAGAGUAGAAAGGAAGAAGCAAAACUUAGGAAGGAAGCAGGAAGGUUUUGUAAGACAAAGGAAACAUUAAGAAGACAGAAGGAAACAUUAGGAAGACAGAAGGAGAGCUUAGAAAGAUAGAAAGAAAACACAAGGUGGAAGGAACAUUUAGGAAGACAGAAGGAAAAAUUAGGAAGGUGGAAGGAAAAUUUAGGAAGAUGGAAGGAAACAUUAGGAGGACAGAAGGAAAACCAAGGAAGGUGGAAGAAAACAUUUAGUAACAAGGAGGGAACAUUGAGAAAGACAGAAGGAAAAUUUAGGAAUGUGGAAGGAAACAUUUAGAAGACAGAAGGAAAACUUAGGAAGGUGGAAGGAAACAUUUAGGAAGACAGAAGGAAAACUUAAGAAGAUGGAAGGAAACAUUAGGAAGACAGAAAGAAAAGUUAAGACAAAAGCAACCUUUAGGAAGAUAGAAGGAAAACUAAAAAGGAUGGAAGGAAAGCUUAGGAAAAAGGAAGUACUUAGGAAGACAGAAGGAAAAAUUAGGAAGCUGGAAGGAAAAUUUAGGAAGAUGGAAGGAAACAUUAGGAGGACAGAAAGAAAACCAAGGAAGGUGGAAGGAAAUAUUUAGGAACAAGGAAGGAACGUUGAGGAAGACAGAAGGAAAACUUAGGAAGGAGGAAACAUUUAGGAAGACAGAAGGAAAAGAAAACUUAAGAAGAUGGAAGGAAUGGAGAGGAAACAUUUAGGAAAACAGAAAGAAAAUUUAAGAAGAUAGAAGGAAACAUUAGGAAGACAGAAGAAACAUUUAGGAAGACAAGGAAAACUAAAAAGAAUGGAAGGAAAGCUUAGGAAAAAGGAAGUAUUUAGGAAGGCAGAAGGAAACAUUUAGGAAGACAGAAGGGAAAUUAGGAAGACAGAAGCAAAGAUUAGGAAGACAGAAGGAAAAAAUUAAAAAGACAAGGAAGUAUUAGGAAGACAGAAUGAAGGGUUAGAAAGACAGAAGGGAAAAUUAAGAAUACAAAAGGAAAGACACAAGUAAUUUCCAAAGUAUUUCCAAAGCAACUUUCGGCAAAAAAAAGAAGCCGCUUUUUGAUAAGUUUUACCUUUAUUUCUCUCUUUGUUUUUCCUCAUAGAGGAGGCCAAUUUUGGAAAUGAAAGUUUGGUGACUCCUUUUUAUUGUGUUUUUAUCACCCUAAAAGCAAAAAAGGGGAUGCGUUUGGACCUUUUGGUUGGAAACAAAAAGCAGUCCGACAUGAAAACAAUUUCCCGUGCAAAGUUUCAUUCCGUUUCCCAUUGAAAUUUACAUUCACAUUCCUUUCCGCUGUAUUAUCUUUUUGGCUGAGAAUAUAUUUUACGACCGAAACAAGCACAGAUCCGGGACUUUUCACGAAGCCAAGAUCAUUCUUGCUUGCAAGUACAGUCUGAUGACUUUGGGAUAUAUAAUAUAGAGAUAUAUUAUAUAUUAUUGCUAUUCUUCUUAAUAUUAUUAUUCUUAUUUUUGGGUUGAGCUUUUUUCUCUCUUUUCUCUCUUGAUUUUCCUCUUUCCAUUUUUAUUUUCCCCUUCUUCUCUGCAUGGAGGUGACAUGCGGCUUCAAGGCUUAACCAAGAAGGUGAGGAAAAUCAAAACUAAACAACAACAACAACAAAAAGGGAACCAUUUUGCUGAUCUAUAUUUUUCAUUCCGGGGGAAGGGGAGGAAAAAAAAUUAGGGAGAGAGAAGAUUUUAAAAAAUAGAGUUUUUCAGUGUCCUGUGACUUAUUUUUUUGGGGUCAUAUCAAGUAUUUUGGUGCGGCUGUGUGUGAUGUAUGAAAACUAAAAACAAAAACAUUACAAAAGGAGAACAGUUUUUUUCGGGGAGGGAGUUCUAUCUAUUUCAGAGGGCUGCUUUUUUGAGUUCGCAAGGGGAAGAAGUUUAAUUUCCAAAUCUCUAAUGGAUUAUUCUUCUUAUUAUUUUUUUGUAUAUAAAGAAAAACACAAAAGAGAGAAUGGACUUUGUCCCCCUUACCCUUUUCCACCGACGGAACCGUUUGUGAGCCCCCCGCAAGAUGCAAAAACAGUGCAAAAUUGUAUAGGGAAGGAUAGAGGGAAAUGAUGGGUUUAAUAUUAGGAAAGAAAGAGUUUAAAUGAUGAGUUUAAUAUGAGGAAAGAAAGAGUUCCUCUAUCUCAAUUAGAAAGGUUGUCUUCUUUGGUGGCUGCAAAAUCAAGCAACGCAGAUUCGGCGUUUCGGUUUCCCCUUUUUCCUGCUCCAGAAGCCAGCCAAGUUAAUCUCAUUCUCAGAGUAAACUCAUGCUAGACAGUUUUCCAGACUUCACUUCCCAGAAUCCCUAACAAAGCAGCCAAGGCUUCUAGGAGGUGAAGCUCAAAACAUCUGGAGGUCAGGAGUUUGGAAAUUGAUACCAUGGAGAAAGAGCUUCCAUUUAUCCAUACCAGAGCCUCAAGUAGACAUGAUUUGGGUACAACUACACCAAGCAUGGGCAAACUUUGACCCUCCAGAUGUUUUGGACUUCAACUCCCACAAUUCCUAACAAACUACUGUUUGAGAAAGCUCAGAUGUUACUGGAGUUUGCUUAUCACAAUAUGUUGAUGAUAUACUAGUAGUUGUGAAAGAUCAGGAGUAGCCACAGCUUUUUCAAUUGCAUUAUCUAUCGUCCAAAACAAGCAUGGGCAAACUUCGACUCUCCAGGUGUUUUGGACUUCAACUCCCACAAUUCCUAACAACCUACUGCUUGAGAAAGCUCAGAUGUUACUGGAGUUUGCUUAUCACCAUAUGUUGAUGAUAUGCUAGUAGUUGUGAAAGAUCAGAAGGAACUGGAUCUUAUAAAAUCACAAUACGUUGAUGACCUGCUACUAGUUGUGAAAGAUCAGGAGUAGCCACAGCUUUUUCAAUUGCAUUAUCUAGCGUCCAAAACAAGCAUGGGCAAACUUCGACCCUCCAGGUGUUUUGGACUUCAACUCCCACAAUUCCUAACAACCUACUCUUUGAGAAAGCUCAGAUGUUACUGGAGUUUGCUUAUCACAAUAUGUUGAUGAUAUACUAGUAGUUGUGAAAGAUCAGGAGUAGCCACAGCUUUUUCAAUUGCAUUAUCUAUCGUCCAAAACAAGCAUGGGCAAACUUCGACCCUCCAGGUGUUUUGGACUUCAACUCCCACAAUUC